AUGGAGGAUUCAGCCAACAAGGUCAAUGCUAGCGGCGGCCACCCUUCCGCAGAGUCGCUCCCGUCAAUAGGGUUCCUGGAUUUGGGUAAGAGCAAUAGUGCCAGCCCACGUUCACAGGUCCACCGUCAACCCGUGGCAGCAAACGGUUCUCCGCCUGUGAGUCCGACAACGGGUGCAUAUCAGCCCGGUCGUCCCCAGCAUAAAUAUUCUUCCUCUCUUCAGAACUACUCUUCCAUAUCAGCCGGAUACCCCUACUCACCGAAUCGGCUCCCUGUGCGAGAUGCUGAAACGGACCAGCACCAGCACCCACCUCUCCCGCAAACGCACUCCAAUCAACGCCAGUCCUUACCGUCCAUCCAUGAAGCUCUAGGAAGCAAUUCACUCUCCUUCCAGCCACCAUCAUCAGCAACAACGGCAGCACCACAAACACAAUCCUUAGCUACGUCACAUGCCCCUCUCCCACCAGGUGUUGAGAGCACAAACGGCCCGCCCAAUCCUUUUGCUCACACUGCAUCCUCUGUGCCUUUCGCUCAGGAACCCUUUGCGAACCACCUCUCCGGAAAACCUGCGUCGAUAAGGUCAGAAGGACAAAGGUCCAGCGUGGCCUCAAUUCGGUCCCAAGAGUCAAGGAAUCCGUCAAUAAUGUCAUUAGGUUCAGGGAGAUCCCCAACCCAGAGCUCUAGGACGGCACAAUCCCAAGCUUCCGGCUGUGAUAUCCAGGGUGCAGGCCUCACAGGCUCGAUGCCUUCGCCAUCAGCAUAUGGAGCUUAUCCUCCGGGAUAUCAAUACCCUCCUAAUGGGUCGCAACCGCAUGUAGCACGGCCUCCAGCGCUUCAUGAGGUCAAAGGAAACUCAACGAUUGAACCCGGGAAGGCCGGUGCCAUCUCCAGAGCUCCUUCGGUUCCGUAUGGCGAGUCUGUAAAGCGCCAACUGGAUGUUUUUGAUUUGCAGGCUGCUUGGAACGAGGUUGGCGAUGCCAGUGCCAAAACCAUGGAUUUCUCGAGAAUCCACGCGACACGCAUGUACCAGUCGAAUAGAGCGGAUCAGACACUUCCGACGUUGGGCGAGAUUGAUGAUUUGCUUCAACUUCAACGCCGGAACCUGGAUGCCCUCGGAAGGAUUCGAAAUGCGGUACUGGAUCAGGAGCACGCCAUAGCGCAACAACGCGAGCGUAUGCGUAUGAUGCAGAGCGAGCGAGGCUACAACCAUGAUCGAUCUACCGGCUAUAGAGAAGAAUUCAAGGGCAGCGGUGGCUUUGCUGGCGGUGAUGCUAAGAAGCGUCGAGGGAAACCAGCUCCACCGGGCAAAUGUCACAGCUGCAACCGAUCCGAAACUCCCGAAUGGCGCAGGGGUCCCGACGGUGCUCGGACUCUCUGCAAUGCCUGCGGCCUGCACUUUGCCAAGCUCUCCCGAAAACUCGGCCCUGAGGCCGCUGCCCGCCUGAGAUCGCGCAACAUGGUUGAUCCGCGGACGCCUGCAGCACAACCGUGAUAUUUAUUAUAUUGCAUUCAUGAUGUAUUUUUGCUUUAUUUUUUGUUUCCCCUUUUUUCCCACUC